GCACCGACGUCCCGGGUUUGAAAACGAACUCACCCAGUGUAUCUGCGUCAGUCGCGUGUGGAAGUGGAUCCAGUUUGCUUCCAGGUGAAACUGGGUCGAGGUCACUGAGCCUCCUGUUUUCAUUGUGUUGCAUCGCCUCGGCUGGGAGCAGACAUGGUGUUCCUCACGCUGUCUUGUUGGAUCAGGAGCCGCGGGCCCGACAGAUACUGGAAAGUUCAGGAGGUUCUCAAGCACGCGCGGCACUUCAGGGGCAGAAAGAACCGCUGCUACAGUCUGGCCGUGCGGGCCGUCAGGAGAGCUUUCGUCUACGCCACCAAAGCGAGGAGGCUGAAGAAACGCAACAUGAGGACGCUGUGGAUUUCACGCAUUGCAGCGGCAUCACGAGAGCACGGCAUGAAGUAUCCUGCUCUCAUGCACAACCUUACAAAGACCAGCGUUCAGCUGAACCGACAUGUUAUCAGUGAUCUGGCCAUCACAGAACCUCGGUCUUUCCUCUCACUCGCUAAGCUGGCACAGGCUCGGCAACAGGAAGGCUUCUGUGCAGCGCUGGGUGACGGCAAAGAACCUCCUGGUGUCUUCUCCCGAAUUGUUUUAUUACAAUAAAGAGCUUGCUACAGUUA